UUUUCUCUUUCCACUAUUCUCCACGCUUUCUCACCAAGUUUUGAUUUCUCACCACCGAACCCCAACUCUCUCUCUCUCUCUCUCUCUCUGAGCUAACUUCUUUGAGAACCCAAUCAACAUUUGCUGAACCCUUGAACAUGGAGAUCUCAGACAACAAAAAAGAACAUGAAGUCCAUAAUUCUAUGCCAAUUAAGCCACCACCGCAUGAAGCUCUGUUUCUUGCAUUAUCUUACCUUCCUCUCUUCGAGCUUCUUGCGAUGAGUGGUGUCUGCAAGUCACUCAGAGAUGCUGUCAACAAUGAUAUACUUCCAUGGCUAAACAUCACUGUAAAACAGCCUCUCAACUCUCGGCUUUCCGAUCAUAUUUUGAUGAGAAUUGCUUCCAAAGCAAAUGGUCGCCUCAGAACUCUGGCUCUCAUCAACUGUGUCAUGAUCACCGAUGAUGGGCUUCAACAAGUCAUAGAGAACAAUCCCCAUAUUACCAAGCUCCAUGUACCAGCAUGCACUGGCUUAACCCCUGAUGGUGUUGUAAGAGCAGUGAAGACGCUAACCGAUCAUAGCCCUAAUUUGAUCAGCCUGAAGAUAGCCGGCAUCUAUGGCAUAAACAAACACCACGUGGAAACACUUCACUCCAUUCUCAAUACAAACCUAAAACGGCACAAUCCACAGAUACAACAUGAGCACAAGCGUUUCACACAACACCAAGAAACCGACUGUCCGAUUGACAUAGACAUAUGCCCCAAGUGUGAUCAAGCGAAUAUGGUUUUCGAUUGCCCUAGAAAAAGUUGCGCGCAGAAGAGGAAGGAGGGUCAGAGCGAGUGUAGGGGUUGCUACUGUUGCAUUAUGAGGUGUGUCCAGUGUGGUAAAUGUGUUGAAUAUGAAGAACCGGCAGAGGCGGUUUGCUUACAUACCCUGUGUUUAGACUGUUGGCUUCAGCUUCGAAAAUGUUGUUUUUGUAACCGGCCGUACUGUAACCAACAUGCUGAUGAGCCUGAUCAGAAAUACAGUCUUCUAGGGUCUUCAGGAUUCAUAUGCGCAGUUUGUCAUGAGAUGUACAUUGAAAAUGCUCGUGACUUUUAGUUAUGCUAGUUAUGGAAGAAUAAUGAUAUGCAUGUAAUGGUACAUAAUCAUGUGUUAAGAGUCAUUAGUAGUAUGUUAAUGCGUUAGUGGAUACAAAGAAUAAUAGAGUUAGUGGGUUUAAUAUGA